AUGAGUUGGGGCACAUGGGUGCGACUGAUCGUGUGGCUGAUCAUUGGACUGGCCAUCUACGUCUUUUAUGGACAGAAGCGAAGUAUUGUUGGCAAGGAGGUGGUGGACAAGGAGCUCAAUGACAUUGGCAGUGACAAGCAAGUCCUGGACGAUGAAUCAAUCAAUCUGUAG